AUGGGAGGUCAACGCGGGAACCAGAACGUGCGCAAACAUCCUCAAAACCUCCUGACGAUAACUCCACUGACGUCUCCCCAGCUCCAACCGGAAGACAAACUGACCAUCUUCCGGCACCUAGUCGGCAUCCUCUCCUCCCCCUCUCUAGCCCCCAACGGCGAGCCAAACCUCUCCCACAACAACCUCAUCCCCAACUCCCGCGCAGCCCCCAACCUCGGAAUCUACAACCGCGUCAUCCACCGCGAGCGGCAAGCCAAACAGGGCUACAAAUUCGCCGCCGUCCUCAUCAACGGCUGCCUCGGGGUGCAAAUCAUCGUUGCCGCCGCGCUGACGGCCAUGGGCGCUGCCGGAUCGAGCAGUUCGGGCGUCACGGCUUUCGGCGCUAUUAACACCGUUAUAGCUGGCUUGUUGACGUAUUUGAAGGGAAGUGGAUUACCCAUGCGAUUGCGGUACUAUGAGAAUGAGUGGAAGAAGGUGCGCGAGUUCAUUGAGCAGCGGGAGCGAGAUUUCAGCCGCCCGGAUUGUCCGCUCGAUGUGUAUGAAGUUGUGCGCGUGGUAGAGGCUAUGUAUGAAGAUGUGAAGGCGGAUAUACAGACCAACACGCCGGAUAAUUUUGUCAGUGUGGGCGAUCUGAGGAAUAGGCGGACUGCGACGAAUCCGCAG